GGAUGAGUUUUGAUUGGCUCCUUUCCUCCCGGAACUUCCUGGGUCGUGUGCGUGUAGAUGGCGUCACCUGGAACUUGAGUCGCUGUACGAGGUUUUCGAAGACAAUGGCCAAGAGCAAACCAAGAGGACAGAGGUCCAGAAAUGUAUUUCAUAUAGCCAGCCAAAAAAACUUCAAGACUAAAAGCAAAGCAAAACCAGUUACCACUAAUCUUAAGAAGAUAAACAUUGUGAAUGAUGAAAAAGUUAACAGAGUGAAUAAAGCUUUUGUAGAUAUACAAAAGGAACUUGCUCAUUUCUCCAAAGGACUUUCCCUUGAACCUCUACAGAAACAGCUGAUUCCUCAGCAAUGUCAUGAAAAUGAACCAGUUAAUGUUGAUGAAGCAACAAGAUUAAUGGCUCAAUUGUAAUACAUCAAAAAGACCAAUAAAUUAAAUGUUUUAUACAGUU